AUGCAAGUCAAAAUGAGCGAGCCAAGAGAGAAAUGAGGAGUCUUAUUCUAGUUCCACCAUUUCUCAUCUACAGUUCUACACCAUCAAUCUUUUGUUAUGGCCCUCUUCUUGCUCUUGACUUUGAGUCCACCCAAAGGGAUUAGGAUUCCAUAUGGGUAGUUUUUUUUGACUUUUCUUUUUCUUGAAUUUUUCAUUGACAAAAAUCUCCUUUUUUAAUUGAAUCUUGAUCCCGGAUUUCGUUGUUCUGCUUGUUUUCUUAUGAGUGGGAGAAUCUUGAUCGGAUUUUCACCUUUUUGUUUGUUUCUUGAAUCGAGUCGGUAUUUCUCAUGAUUGGGUUUUUCGAGCAUUACUCAAGUUGUCCGCCACUUGGAAAGAUUUCUACUCUAUGUUUCUAACUAGCUGAUUUUGUUUCUGCUUGUUGGAACUUGGGUUUGCUGGACUUGAAUUCUACUUUCUAUCAUUGAAUCGGCAAUCUAAGAUCGAAGAUUCCCAGUAUUUUAGUAGCCUUGAAAUGCAAGUUUAGUGUUGUGGCACCUUUUCUUUAAAAAAAAAAAAUUUGUUGUUUGCCUUUUCUUUUGGCCGUUUUGUUGUCUGAAUAUUUGCUUUAGGGGGUGAGUUUCAACCUCUGUUGUUUUUGGACAACUGAGGCCUAAAGAAGUAGGAAGUUAGAGAUGUUUGGCUCGGGGAUGAAUCUGAUUACCACCAUUAUUGGAUUUGGAAUGAGUGCCACUUUCAUUGUCUUUGUCUGCACAAGACUGAUUUGUGGGAGGAUUCGCCGGAUGGAGUCACGGCAGAUGUUUGAGAUUGGCUCAAGAAUGGAAUUUGAACUGCCAGAGCAUCGGAUCAGUGGCCUUGAACCCACUGUUGUUGCUGCAAUUCCGACAAUGAAGUUUAAACGGGAGGCGUUCAGUUCCACAGAAGACACACAGUGUACCAUAUGCUUAGGCGACUAUGAAGAUAAAGAUGUAUUGAGGAUUAUGCCUAAAUGUGGCCACAGUUUUCAUCUGUCUUGUAUUGAUGUUUGGCUAAGGAAACAGUCUACCUGUCCAGUUUGCCGUCUCUCAGUUCAGGACUCUUUCGAAGCAAAAUAUGUCCACCCUACGACCCGUCGCACAACCCAAUCUUUUGACGAUUCAGAGAUUCCAGUUGAGCAAUCUCAGCAUUCUCAGAUAUGGCUGCUUCCUGCUGGUCAGCGGCCAGAGGGCAGUGCAAGCACCACGUCGCCUGCCAAUUCUGUUACUAUAAAUGUUGAAUCCAGUAUUUCUGGAGCAGCAGCAUCGAGGCAUGAACAAGGGGAAUCCGUAUGACUUAAAAUUUUUUCUUUUUCUUUGGCCACUCUUGUCAUGCUGCUGGCAUAUGCUCUCUCGGCAGUCAAUAUUAAUAGGGGAACCGGAUCUGCAGAAGAAGCUAUUUCAGAACACUACGCAGCAGGGUUGCGAUUGUACACCAUGUCUGUAAAUAUGUUUUAGCAUAGCAACGAGUAGGUGAAUUGAAAUGAUGGUCUAAUUUGCGAAGAGUUUUAGAGGAGUUUUGAUACUCGAAUUUGGUGACAUGCAUACAUUUUUUUGGUAUCGAAGUGGUACAAGACAUCCAAGUAAAUUAUUGACUGGGCUCCAGCAUAACGGAUACUUCAUUAGAAGUAGCUGCAUUUCAAGAUUGUGUUCAUUCUGCGGUUUGAAAUUCAACUAACGAAAAGUAUCCAAGUUUUAUGUAUCCUGCAAUUAUGUUC